CCUAAACGCCAACACUGACACCCGUCGGCCAAUAGCGCCGCGUUACCGUCAUUAACACAGCCAAGUGUUGCCUAUGUGGGGCUCGCUCUAUAGUUCUCUACUGUCUUCUCGUCGGGCUGGAGGUGUUACGAUUCACACUCACUGUUAACCCUUAUUUUCACAAAGAUAACAAAAUUCGUCGCGGAAAUUCAACCCGAAUCAGUGCGUGGACUACAAACAAAAAUUUAGUGAAGUGAUUUUUUUAGUGAUAAUAAAUAAACAAAAAAAAAAACAAUGAUUCAGUGCGAGUUAUAAACUUUUUUUUUUUUCGAAAGAUAAUGCUAGAAAAAACGACGCAACUACGUUUUUUAUGAUUUAUUUUGAGCGGUGGAUGAAUCUUAGCGAUUCUGCCGCGUUAAAUUCAAACAAAUGCGUUUCGAAACAGGAAUAGACUCUGUGCUAGACUCGUCAAAGUCAAAAAGUACUAUGGCCUAUCAUCCCUUCUUGCAGCUGCCCAGACAAACAGACUUUAGUGUAUCCUCGCUGCUGACGGCCGCCAACAAUAAUUCCGGCAACUCCACGUCGCCAGCUGGGCCGGGAUUUUUUCCGUCGGCAGCGUUGGCGGCCUUCGGGGCCCAGCAGAAUCACGGAUGCUAUCCGGGGACGCUUAUACCAAAAAUCAACCACCCCCAUCCGCACCAUGCGUUGACAGGGCAUCCUUAUACCACCGCCGAAGACGUUGUUUUGGCCGCCGUCGCCGCUCAUAAUCAUCAUCCUGCGAUGGUGCGGCCUUUGAGGGCUAUCCAGCCCGAAGAAGACGGUGUAGUGGACGAUCCUAAAGUUACUCUGGAAGGAAAAGACUUGUGGGAGAAGUUUCAUAAGUUGGGGACUGAAAUGGUGAUAACUAAAAGUGGCAGGCAAAUGUUUCCCCAAAUGAAGUUUCGAGUUUCAGGUUUAGACCUGAAAGCGAAAUACAUUCUCCUGUUGGACAUUGUGGCGGCAGACGACUACCGAUACAAAUUCCACAACAGCAGGUGGAUGGUGGCAGGAAAGGCCGAUCCAGAAAUGCCAAAAAGGAUGUACAUUCAUCCAGACAGUCCUUCAACGGGAGAACAAUGGAUGCAGAAAGUAGUUUCAUUUCACAAAUUAAAGUUAACAAACAACAUCUCCGACAAGCAUGGAUUCUUGAAAGACAAAGCUGUAGAACUUCUGACGAUAUUGAACUCGAUGCACAAAUACCAACCCAGGUUUCACUUAGUUAGGGCUAAUGACAUUCUAAAACUUCCUUAUUCGACGUUUCGAACGUACGUCUUCAAGGAAACCGAAUUUAUAGCAGUCACAGCAUACCAAAAUGAAAAGAUAACUCAAUUGAAAAUUGACAAUAACCCCUUCGCCAAAGGAUUUCGAGAUACGGGUGCAGGAAAGAGGGAGAAAAAGCAAGCAAUGUUGGCGCAAAGGCAUACAGACGAUAAAACGACGCAUCCUUUACCAGCUCGAAUGUCUGCAGAUAGUAGUACCGUCUCGAAAACUGACGAUUCCGAAUUGGACGUAGUCGGUACUGCUGACAGUCCUCGGCCGUCAUUGCAUUCAUCUACACCCGCAGCUUCUUUAAACCAAUCAGGUACAGAAGACGAUUCAAUACGAAGACGGCUCCAUGAAGACUCCGGUUCUGAAAGUAGUUGUUCAGAAUCACCAGGCAGUACUGCGUUUCGACCUCGGCCUUCAUCGUCACCCAAAGAAUCCUCAGCGGGUCCAUCGAAUCCGUCAGGUGAAUACCCUUCGCCAAACAUAAGCGUCGGUCCUCCUAUACACCCUCCACCGCAUUUACUACCCUACCUCUAUCCUCCGGGAAUGUAUCCCGGAGCAGGACACUCUCCAUUUGGACCACCUUUGAGCCUGUUUACGGGUGCUCAUAAUCCAGGAAUGAACCCUAGUUUACUGUUUAAUGCACAGUUAGCAUUAGCUGCUCAACACCCUGCUCUUUUUUCUCAUUAUCAAAAUUUAACGCACCCCAAUCACCACGGGCACCACCUGUCGCCUACUUCUCCAAUUCACAAUCACCUUAAAGGUGGUCACAGAUUCGCGCCUUACACUCUACCAAAUUCAACAACUGGAGUUAGUUCCUCGCCGUUAGGCAGUGCUUUCGAGACCGUCACCCCAAGUUCGCAUACGAGGAGUUUAAGCAAUUCUCCCUCUGGGAAACUAAGGGGGAGCUCGCUUUCUCCUCCUUUAAGGCCAAAUACGACUUCUCCUAAACCUGAAACUGCGGGAUCCCCUAGCGAUUUGAAGAGCAUAGAAAAAAUGGUCAACGGAUUAGAUGUCAAACAUGAAGAAAACGAAAAGUAGGAAUUUUUUAAAUGAGAGCCAUAAUGAUUUGUUUUUUUAACCGUACUGUAGAUGUAAACUUUGGUCAUUUUCUCUGGGUAUGGUUCCUGGAUCUAUAAAAUAUGUCUCAAAUUUUGGCUGAGUUAUUAAUUCUUCUUACAUGACACAGUUUGGAGCAAAAAAUAAAUUUUGUUAAAGUGCUGUCACAAAAUAAGUUUUUCAUACUUUUUCACUAUGCAGCCAAUCAAUUUCAGUUAACAAAAUUCAAAAUAAUACAGCUCAAAUUUAAGACAUCUGAUUUCGUAUUUGAAGGUACUGCACCCAACCCAUAUGGCUACUAUCGGUUUUAGUGCCAAAUACAUUAAGUUAACUAACUUUUAAAUUCCUAAUAACUACUUAUACCAAUUUUUAAUUUUUAUUAUUAGAUAUUUCAAUACCACGUGUGCAAUAAGGAAGUUACUUUACUGAAACUGGUAGUACCUUCAUAUAUAAUACAUAAAAUAGAUUAUGGAACAUACUUUCAAUUGAACCGUUAUUAUUAAGGCAGUCGUAAACAUAGUCGACCUGUGAUAGACCCUUGUGGAACUCAAUUUUUUGCACUGUUGCUAAAUAGCGCUUCAAUUGGUAAGAUUUGAAACAUGGGAUGUUUUCUAAUAGGCCUGUUUUUUACUGAUCACCGAUUUUUACAUUUUUAAAAAUUUUAUUUCCAAUUUUAAAAGUCUAGUUAGAUAUGUAUUCUUAUACAAAUUAAUUAUACAGGCUGGUAUAGUUUAUAUCGUCACAAUUUUACCAGACGAUAGUUUAUCGAAACAUAAAGAUAGUUUGUCCGUUAAAACAUUUUGGUUCUUUUUCAAUGUACAGGGUCAAAGGUUUUUUGACAGUUUUUUAUUAAUAUUUAAAAAUAGAUAUGACCCAUUUUAAUGAAAUUUUCAAUCUUUCGGACUUUUUAAAGUUGAUACAGCAAUUCCAGGGACGUCGUCACGGGGCACUUCGAAUAGUUCUCGGCACAAAAAAUAUCGCCCAGUAGAUUUUUGAAUGGCAUAAUUUAAAAAAAAAAGUUUUUUAUCUUACAUUUUUUCAUAUCUUACUUUGCUCUCAAGAAAAAAUAAAAAUUAACAACAAAAUUUUGCACAUUUCUGCAUACUUGAACCCUAUACAUCAAAAAGAAAGCAUAAUUGGAUCAUAGUUUAUUGGACACACUAAUUUUAUUUAUCGAUAAACUAUCAGCUGAUGAAAUCCUAAUGGUAUAAAUUGGACCACCCUAUAUAUCACAAAGAUUUCCAAAAAAGUUUUUACUAAAGCUCAAAGAUUGAGACUGAUAAUUUGGAAAAAAGAAACAGGCUUAUUAAAUUGUAACGUUCUGUACGUAUAUGGGAAGUUUUUGCAAUAUAAAAAAAGCUCAUGGAGGAUGUUUCCUAAUAGAUGAAUUAAAAAUUGGCAGUUUUCAAUAUACGAUAGAUUGAUAAGUUUUUUAUUUGCUUCAAUGGAUUUAACCAUUUUGACCUAAAAACAUGAGAGAGUUAAAGAUGGUCACUUUAACGUAAAAAAGUGCUUUUUCUACAAGCUUAUCGAGUACAAAUUACAUUAUACGUGUAUUUUGUAUAAAAAAAUAGUAAUUCAGGCAAUUUUUAGUUUAUUUCUUAUUGGUGCUGCUAUUUUUAGUUUUUAUUUUUGGGCACUAAAAGUUAUAAUCUUUAUAGACAAGUAUGGGGCUCUGAUUUUACUUAGACUAAGAAAAAUUUAUUUUUGUAGUAAAAAUAUGCCAAUAAAUAUCAUAAAUAUAAUUGUAUUACUACUCGUACAUCUCCUAUUUUGGUAUAAUUUGUGGCGAAGGACUACGUCAUUUCUUCCAAUUUGAUUUGGAUAAAUAUUAAAAAAGUUUGGUUUUAUUCCUUACAAUUUUUUUUUAAGUACAUUAAACAAUUUAAGAAAAAAUUAUAUAUGUAACUGGUUCCACUAAAAAUCGAACAUUUUAAAGAAAUGUUGACUCAAAUGGAGGCAACGAAUCGAUGCCGUUCUCCAAAAUUGGAGUGAGGGCAACUUUAAGUAGAGAGGACCAAAUUAAUGGGGGGGUAUCAAAAUUGAGGGGAGUAAGUUCAGGAGGGAUUAAGUUGAGGGGGAAAAUAAUGGCGUGCCAAAUUGAAAGCAGACAAAAAUUUGGAGUGAGGGGGCAAAAUAAAAAUUGUGGGGGAGAAUCCUCCAUAAUUGGAACCACCGUUUAUUUCAUCUACAUUAUUAUAGAACAGUUUUCCGCCGAGGCGUAGACGAGGUUUAUUAUUUCUGCUUGCGGCCUUACAACAUUAUUUUCACUGUAGACUAUAUUUUUUCUACGGCUUCGCUUGUCAUUUACUAAAAUUAAAUGAACAAUAAUCCGAAUAAAUGCUUUUUAUUUUGAAUAUAAUAUUCUAAAUUACAUUUUUCAUUAAACUAAUAUAAUUAUUCUGCCGAAUUAAACCGAAAUAAUAAAUAAGUUAAAUGAGUAAAAUUUGAGUCCGUACUUUGACCCUAAAGUCGAUUUAAUUUUGCUAAUAAGCUCUUAAUUUAUUUCAUUUUUUUUUAUGAUUUUUAGUGCCAUUUAUAGUGAUUUUUUAGACUGUAUCCAUAAUGAAAUCAUACGAAAAUAUAUAGUUUGUUCCUCUUUAAGUAUAAAAAUUUGUAUAUAUUCCUUGUAAACAGUAAACAUUGUAUAUAUUUGUUUUCUUUUUUUUUGUGUAAAUUGUAUAUUACUUAUUGUAUAUGAAUAUUAGAAAUCUAAAAAAAGAAUAAAUUGUUCAUUAUUCCUUUAGAAAAUUUUGUUAAUACUUUUUCAAAUAAUUCCAAACUCAAAUGUGACCAAGAUGUAAAACAAAGAAAACAAAUAAUAAAAUCUUAAAACCAUGAACAAACUAUUAAGAGCGGCUGUUUCCCUCUGGAAAACAACUACUUUUUCUGCUAAUACCAUGACAGGCAUUGGAUAUAAUCAAAUACCUGUUGUGUUAUUAGCCAAAGGAGUAGUUGUUUUCCGAAUGGCUUUGAGAUUUUAUUGCUUUUUCUUUUUUGUAAAACCAUAAAAGUUCAAAAUCAGUCACUUUUUCCUAUUAUCUCUCAAUACGUCAAGAAGUCAUUUAUCUGAGAUAUCUGACAGUUAAUAGUGAAAAUUGACUGAUAAAUGUCAUUAAAACUUAAUGUAUAUUUAAAAACAAACAGUUUGUAUCAUUCGUAUUUAGAUUGUUUUUAUUUUGCAGAUGAAAAAUUUUGUUAAGGGUUCACAUUUUAGCUCACUAAAAACGUAAAACUGGUGAUUUUUGCAAUUUUUAAAGCAAUUUAGUAGCAAAAUUUUGAUUGUACAUACCUUUAAAAAAGCGGAAAUGUUUUCUGUAUAAAUGCUUUUUUGUUAAAUUUGCUUGGUACCAGUAGAUAUACGAUUGUUUUAUUUAUUAUUUAUGAAUUUAUUUCGCGUGCUGGUACCAUCCAAAGCAUAAUAUUCAGAGUAGAAAAUGUGAAGUGUCUUGUGUACAUGUCGUUUAAUUUAAGAAUUAAAAUAUUC